CUAAAGGCUAUACUGGGCACCGGCUUGCAUGGCGAUUAGCCGCGAUGGAUCAUCAAUACGCUAAUGACGAGUCCCGUGGCUUGAAACGGAAGAAAGGAACCACUUAUUGUUGUGUGCCACAGUGUUCACAAUACGCCUCGGAAGGAAUAAGCUUUCAUUUAUUCCCAAGAGAAAAAAACCAAAGGAAGAAAUGGGAGUCAGCCCUCCGAAUGGGCAAGCCAGCCUCGGAUACUAUGCGUGUUUGUUCGAAGCAUUUCAGCUCUAAAGACUUCUUUCCCAGCUCUAAUUCUACCCAGAGAAAGAAAUUGUUUCCUAAGGCAGUCCCAUCUCAAAAUCUGCCCCAACGAACUCAUGACAAAGGUGUGACUUCAGAUGAGGCUGAAAAACGUUCAGCCAGAGCAGGAAGAAUUGCUAAGAGGGAUGCUGCAUCUCUAAGGUGCCCAGUCAACACUGAGACUGAUAACGACACUAACGACACUCACACUGAUGAUGUAGAAUUUGAUGAAGAAAUCCCCUGUCUUCGAAGCAUUCUGGAUUGUGCUGUUCAAGCAAAUCUUGCUGACACAAGAAGUAUUCGUCCUUGCUGUGAAGGUGUUACUCUGGCUGACAUUCUAAGUGACUUAGAUACUGGAGAGAAGUGCACUCAAGUCAACUUUUUGCCAUUAUGGAAAGAUGAAGAUGACAGCAAAUCAGUUCCCUGCAUUACUUUACCACAACUUCUGUGUACCAAAGAGAAACUGUUUACCUUCACUGGUCUCCAUUCGCCUGAUAUGCUGGAGUGUUUAGCAAAAUGUGUGGCAGAUAUAGCUGUAGAUUCUCGAAGCAACAAGAAAAUAUUAUCUGUUAGAGAUAGAAUUAUUUUAACUAUGGUAAAAAUCAAGCAAAAUAUGGAUUUCACUGCUAUAGGUGUUCUAUUUGGUAUUAAUCGUCAAACAUGCUCUAAUUAUUUCAAGAAUAUGAGUCCGCUUCUUGCUAGAGUAUUGAAAGUAGUGAUACCGUGGCCGGACCAGAGCAUGAUAAGGUGUAACCUUCCCCUCUCUUUUGAUAAAUUUAGAAACACAAGAAUUAUACUUGAUUGUUGUGAAGUAACCAUUGAGAAAUGUAAAUGCUUAAAAUGCAGAGUGUUAACAUACUCCCAAUACAAGAAAAACCACACUGUCAAGUUUAACAUGGGAGUAGCACCUUCAGGACUCAUAAUUGAAACAAGCUCUGCUUUUGGUGGCCGAGCUUCAGACAAGCACAUUGUCGCUGAUUCAGAAAUAUUGAACAGGCUUGAUUAUGGAGAUGCUGUCAUGGUGGACAAGGGCUACCAAAUAGAGAAGGAAUGUCUUGAGAGAAAUUUGACUUUGUAUCGACCACCAUUCUUGACCCAAAAGAAACAACUAAGUCGAGAAGAAGCUUUGUCCUGUGCUGAGAUAGCUAGGGCAAGAGUGCAUGUCGAGAGAGUUUUCCAGCGGAUUCGAGAGUUUGAUUUCCUUCGUGGGCCAGUACCUUGGCCUCUGGCCCCCUACUUUGAAGAUGUCUUAACUGUUACUAUGGGUCUGACUAAUAUAGGCCCACCAGUUAUUAAUAUUGAUAAGUUUAUGUAAGUGUCUUCUGUUUUAAUAAGAGGGACAGUUUCAAUGUGUCAGACAUUUUAAUUGAAGUCAAGCUAAUUAAAAACGAGCUUAUAAAAAAAUUGUUUUCUUAAUGUCAGAAAUUAAAAAAAUUGUUGCACAUGCCCAACAUGAAUUCACAUACCUAAUCAUUAACAGUUUGAUUAGACAGGUGGUCUUUUACCAUCCUAGGUAAAAACUUAUCAAAGUAAACAUGGACAAGCCUUGAAAAGAGGUCUAACACAUGUUUUUCAUCAAAAGGAACUC